AUGAUGCAGAGACACAGCAAGAUGGGCGCCAGAAUGGACCAUCCGUGCAUGGAGGACUUGGACUCGUUGUCGGUGCCGCUCGAGGAGUCCAACUCCUUGGCUGCCAUGUCUCGACAGGGCGAGUGGAGGCUGUUGCUUAAAUGUCAGAAUCAGUCCCAUCAGGAUUCAUUUGAUGAAAUGCUACGAGCCAUAGAGCGAACAAUGAUUGGAGAAUUCAAAAACCUACAGGCUGUUAUUGAGUUGCAGAAUAAAAAAAUUUCAGAACAAGAUGAGGUGAUAAAUAAAAUAUUGAAGAAAACGAAUCUCGGUGAUGCUGGAAGCAGUAAAACUUAUGCCAAUGUAGCAGCUGUUAAAAAUACUGAGGUGAUAGUCAUCAAACCAAGAGAAAAACAAGACAGUAAUGUAACAAAAAGCGACUUGAAGGCAAAAAUUGACCCCAAGGGUUUGGCUAUUGGAGUGGAAAACAUGAGGAGAGGAGAAGAAGGUGCUGUCAUCAUUAAUUGUACUAAUACAAUGGCAAAGCAGAAAAUCAAGCAAAAGGUCGAGAGUGACUUUGGAAGUAAAUACAGUGUUGCGGAUGGAGUACAAAAAAAUCCAAAAAUUAUAAUUCGAGGGGUAGAAGAAGAAUAUAUCGAUAAUGAUGAUAGUGCUAUAAUAGAAUGCAUAAAAGAACAAAAUGACCUUCAUAUCGACGAGUCAACAAUCAUAGAGGUACAGAGGAAAUAUAAACAGAAGGACAAGGUGGAUAAAGGCAAUAUAGUACUAACUGUGGAUGUCUCACUCAAAGAAAGAAUAUGUGAAUUGGGAAGAGUCAACAUUGGAUGGAGAAGAUGUAUGGCACACGAGUUCUUCAGUGUGAUGAGGUGCUUCAAAUGUGCGAGAUAUGGGCAUACAGCUCAAAAAUGUGAAAAUAAUGUGACAUGUUUCAACUGUGGAGGUUCUCAUAAAUCAAAUGAUUGUCCUGAUCCUGAAAACCAACAGUAUCCGCAGUUGGAGCACAGGCAGCAGCAGAGUGCUCUGGAAAACACACCUCGGGCCACCCUGCUCAGGAUGGAGCCCACGCUGGAGAGGUAG